CCCUGUGGCCAGGCAUCAGUGAAGGCUUGCAUUAGCUUUGGUGAAGAUCUUAUAAACCGAUUACUCUCCCCCUCAGAACAAAUCACAAACAUGUCUCUAGAACGUGCUGUUCGUGCCAAGAUUGCCGGCAAACGCAAUCCCGAGAUGGACAAGGAGGCCCAGGAAUGGAUUGAGGCCAUUCUUGGUGAGAAAUUCCCCGCUGGUCAGGUAUAUGAGGAUGUACUCAAGGACGGACAGGUGCUGUGCACUUUGAUGAACAAACUGUCGCCCGACUCUGUGCUCAAGAUCAACUCGUCCGGUGGACAGUUCAAGUUCAUGGAGAACCUCAACAACUUCCAGAAGGCGUUGAAGGCAUACGGUGUGCCCGAUAUUGAUGUCUUCCAGACUGUUGAUCUGUAUGAGAAGAAGGAUAUUGCCAAUGUGACCAACACCAUCUUUGCUCUGGGUCGCGCUACCUACAAGCACGCUGAAUUCAAAGGCCCCUUCUUGGGCCCCAAGCCCGCCGAUGAGUGCAAGCGUGACUUCAGCGAGGAGCAGCUGAAGGCUGGCCAGACCAUCGUCGGCCUGCAGGCCGGUUCCAACAAGGGUGCCACCCAGGCUGGCCAGAAUAUUGGCGCUGGCCGCAAGAUCUUGCUUGGCAAGUAAAUUGCAGCAAUUGCAGCUUCUGCUAUUUUCUGUCUGUCUUUCUAAUAUGUUUUUAAAUUAUGUCUAUCGUUUAAUUGUUAAGUUUACAAACCAACAUUAAACCACAAAAAUAUUCCUCAUACAAACACUUACAAAAAAAAGAGAAAAAAAAAUGAAAAACAAAAUACACACUCACACAAAUGCAAAUGCACAAAACAUAAAAGGCACAUCGAUGUGCCUUAUAUUAAGUAUACGCCUAAGUUUAUUUAUACAAAUAAAGAGAUGAUAUUGUGGAGAAAUUGAUAA